GAAUGCAGAAACGAAGAGGAGCACACAAAAAGAAAACCACGAUAAAAGUUGCAGCAAUGCCAGCCCCAACCUACCUAUCCCCUCCCUCCUUCCACAACGCCGUCACCGCCACCGCCACCACCAGCGCGCACCUCCUCUCCGGUGGCCGCAACCGCAACCGUCGCAGCCGCCCACGGCGCAUGUCAGUAUUAACGCCACCAUGGCGUGCCAAUCCACCCACCCUACCAGGUCCCGUGCUUCUUAAAGCCCAGGCCGGCGACGGCGAUGGCGACGGAGGGGACGAGCAGGAGCUCCUCCUGGCCUCGCGGCGACACGCGUAAGAAGCCGACCGCCUUCCUGCUCCACACGCUGCUCUUCAUGUGCGUGGCAUUCCGCGUAGCCGCGGCGCUCAUCCGCGUUUCAUACCACCUCGCCGCCGGCAGCGUCCUCGGCGUGGCCAGGGUCCUCUUCGCGGCGGCGAACGACCGGUGCAUGCGGUGCAUGAACCAGGCGGCGCUCGGCCGCAGCGCCACGGGCACCUUCUGCGGGGACUUGCUCGUGGGAGCCAUGGCCAACUCGUGGAGGGUGCUCAUGCAGGGGCUCGCGUCGCUGAUGUUCCUCUGCGCGCGCGCCGACGAGUACGUCCGGCCGCCGCCGAGCCCGCUUGUGCUGACGCCACACGAUAAGCCGGCGGCUCAUCCUCAGCAGGUGCACAUUUCAACCGUGGGAAGGAACAAGAUGAGGAUUUCAUGGGUGACGGACGACCGGGACGCGCCGUCGGUGGUGGAGUACGGCGAAUCCCAGGGCAACUACACUGCGUCGGCGACGGGCGACCACGCGACGUACAAAUACUUCCUCUACGAGUCCGGCGCUAUCCACCACGCCACGAUCGGCCCGCUCGCGCCCAGCACAACCUACCACUACCGGUGCGGCAAGGCCGGCGACGAGUUCACCCUCCGGACCCCUCCGGCGUCCCUCCCGGUGGAGCUCGUCGUGAUCGGCGACCUGGGCCAGACCGGCUGGACCGCGUCGACGCUGUCGCACAUCGGCGGCGCGGACUACGACAUGCUGCUGCUCCCGGGCGACCUGUCGUACGCGGACGCGCGGCAGCCGCUGUGGGACUCGUUCGGCCGCCUCGUGCAGCCGCUGGCGAGCGCGCGGCCGUGGAUGGUGACGGAGGGCAACCACGAGGCGGAGGCGCUCCCCGGCGCCGUGGGCUUCGCGCCCUUCCUCGCCUACAACGCGCGGUGGCGCAUGCCGCGCGAGGAGAGCGGCUCCCCCUCCAACCUCUACUACUCCUUCGACGUGGCCGGCGGCGCGGCGCACGUCGUCAUGCUCGGCUCCUACGCCGAGUUCGAGCAAGGGUCGGAGCAGUACGCGUGGCUGGAGCGGGACCUCGCCGGCGUGGACCGGCGGGCGACGCCGUGGCUGCUGGUGCUGCUGCACGCGCCGUGGUACAACACCAACCAGGCCCACCAGGGGGAGGGCGAGGCGAUGCGCGCCGCCAUGGAGAGGCUCCUCUACGAGGCCCGCGUCGAUGUCGUCUUCUCCGGCCACGUCCACGCCUACGAGCGAUUCACGAGGGUUUAUGACAACGAGGCCGACGGCCGGGGCCCGACGUACAUAACCAUCGGCGACGGCGGCAACAGAGAAGGGCUUGCUCUCAAGUUUCUCAAGGACCACGAGUCGGCGCACCUGUCGGUGUUCCGGGAGGCGAGCUUUGGGCACGGCCGGCUGAGGAUCGUGGACGAGACGAGCGCCGUCUGGACAUGGCACCGCAACGACGACGAGUACGCCACCGUCCGCGACGAGGUCUGGUUGGAGAGCUUGGCUAGUCCAAACCUAUCCAUGCCUACCGCCCGUCGUCACGACCAGGAGUUUUAGCUUAGAAUGUUGCAGAUCAAUAAACACCCUAGUUUUGGUACCGCUGGGAAACCAGCUCUUUAAUUGGGUCAUUCGAUUCGACGGCACUUCGUAGAAUCCUCGACAAAACACUUUAUAAAACUUGGUUCAAUCCUUGGC